AUCAACCUCUUCGGCGGAUCCCCGCUUAACAGGCUGUCAUGGCUGAGGCCCUCCCAGAUCUUCCUGGAUGCGGCCUCGACGCUUCCCUCUACGCGAUGGGUUGUGUUUAAUGGUGGGCGACCGCUUGUGUCGGCGCCGCGCGACGCCCUCUCCAAGAUCAGCCUCGCGUACCUCUCCACCUCCGACAGCAAAGACGGUGCCCUGAUCACUAAGCAGGAAGCCACCCACCACACCGAAGCCGCGCGCCACCUCGGCCCGCCGAUCGUCUUCCUUGGGCUCGAGGAGACAGAUGCUCAGUCCGGGAACGCGCUCCCCUCCUCCGACUUUACCGACCCCGCCACCGCUCUCGACAAGCUGCACGGCACGCCCUACUUCGCCCUCGACGUCGGGGACCUCGGGCUGCCCGAGGCGACGCUGCAGGACACCCUCAGCUGGGCGGAGCCGCGCGCGCUGAUGGCAGGCAUGGACGUCUUCGAGGGCGGCGUGUACGCGGAGGCGAGGAGCAUGGUCGACUGGAACUCGCGGAAUAAGUUCUGCCCUGGGUGCGGCGCGCGAACGUACUCGAUGUGGGGCGGGUGGAAGAUUGCGUGCUCGACGUUGCUGCCGUGGGCGGAUAAUGCUGGGCGGAAGCCGUGUCCGACGACGAGGGGCCUACAUAACUUCACUCAUCCGCGGACAGACCCCGUCGUGAUCAUGAUCGCGAUAGACGAGACGGGGGACAAGAUCUUGCUGGGUCGUAACAAGAAAUUCCCUGGCAAAUUUUACUCUGCGCUGGCCGGCUUUAUGGAGCCAGGGGAAAGCUUCGAGGAUGCCGUCGCGCGCGAGAUGUGGGAAGAGGCAGGCGUCAAGGUCUGGAGCGUGAAAUACCACUCUAGCCAGCCUUGGCCUUACCCCGCCAACCUCAUGGUCGGCUGCUACGCGCGCGCCGACGCCUCGCAGCCCUUACGAAUCGACCUCGAUAACGAGCUCGAAGACGCCCGCUGGUACACCCGCGCCGAAAUCUUCGCCAUCCUCAACCAUCCCCGCGGCGCCUACCUCAGCAACCGCGACAACAGGAAGCUGACGGAGCUAGUGGAGGGUCAGCAGCCCAAGUCGCAGACAAAAGCGUCGGAUCCGGCGCAGUCAGGCGCGUCAGACCCACCACAGUCGGGCGCGUCGACGGAGACCCUCGAGGACCCGCCCUUCCAGGUGCCGCCAUACACCGCAAUCGCGGGUGUACUGAUUCGGGAUUGGGCGGAGGGGAAGAUUAGCUAUACGAAGGCGAGUUCAGCGUUGUAG